AAUGCAUUGCGCCUACCCCCGGCUUCCGGAAAGUAUGACCUGGAAGGAGUUUGUUGACGCGCAGUGUUCGAGAGGUUCCAGCGGCCGUUGAACUGAGGAACGGACACCUUGUUCAUGUCAGCUUUUCCCUUCUCUUCACUUGUCUCUUUUGUGACUAUCAACAUCACCAAUGGAUCAUUCAGGACAAACUAAAGAAACAUUUCCCUCUUUUGAUGCAAGACAUAGUGUUAGUAAGAUUCAUUAUCCACAAAAAAAUGCUUAUUCCAGGCUGGUAAAUCAGCAUCGUAGUGGAAGGUUUAGGGCCUAUCUAAACCAAUUUGCUCAGCAAAUCAAUUGCGUAGCCAAAAAUGAUGAAUGUGGAGUUAUUCCUGGGAGUAGUUUGAAUCUUUCAGAAGUAGAAAUGAUGCAACAGAAGGAUGUUAAUAAUGGACAAUAUCUAGGAGAUAAUGCGAAAUGUAGCCUCUCCAUGGACGUUGGCGGCACUGCUCUCUUUGCAAACGUGCCUGUUAGUCUUUUGGAAAAAGUUGGGGAUACCGGUGAGUCCGACAUGCUUGAUUCUUGGAAGAAGAAACAGGGAUUGGUGACCAGAAAGGAAAACAAGCAAAGAGACAUCACCAUCAACCAGGAUGAAGAUAUUGAAUCAGCAAAUGAAGUUACGUUCAAAGAAACUAAGCCUAAACAAGACCAUCCAAAACCAUAUCCAGAUCACCACAAAGAGUUUGUGGGGCUUGAAAUAACAGCAGCAACUGGGGAAAGUGGUCAUUACUGUGAGUCUAUAUUGCCAAGGUAUAAGCCAUCUUUUGACAGUUGUAGUCAGAAUGUUGACCUAGGAAGAACAGAGAGUAAUGUGCAAAUAAUUAAUGAAAUGGAAGUACAGAGCAAUAAGAAAAAGAAAAACAGAAGAAAAAGCAAAGGAAGAAAUGACACAAGCAUGGGUGUAACUCUGUGUUCUGGUGGGCUGUGUGUUGGAGACCAAGUUGCUGCACUUCACGAUUUAGGACCUGCUAUGCUGGAGAAAACCAAUGUCGACCAUUUGCAAAGUGAAGUUGUAGACAGGCGACCUGGUCCAAAAUCUAAGCACAGUCACGAGUCAGUCAAAAGCAAUCAACCCAUUGACAGAAGAAAAAGAUCUGAAUCAUUGGAUGGAACUGAUGAGAUGAAUUUUAAACCUGUGAUCACUAAUGUGGAAAAUCUGGCCAUACGUUCAACUCCGAAUGAUAAACGGAAUCGAAGGAGGUCUGGCCGGGGGAAGAAGAAGAUAUUUGAAAAUUAUUUGUUAAGCAGUGAUGUUUCAGUUGGCUUAAAGAGAGGAGAACUUAUACAGGGUCCACUGAGAGUAAAUCCGAAAAAUUACCAGGAGGCUUUUGUUCCUUCUCCUGAUGGAAACAGAGACAUUUUUAUCAAUGGUAUCAUUUCCCGAAAUAGAGCCUUGAACGGUGACAUAGUGGUGGUAAAGCUCCUGCCUAAAGAGAAGUGGAAGGUUAUCACACCUGAUGGAGAUGGCUCAGAAGCUAAUAUAAUUGCUCAAUCUGGUGUACCUGGUGCAGUUAAUAAUAUAACCUUUGAGGACGUUCCGGCUCAGGAUAGAGUUAAAAUACUCGAAGCCAGUCCCGAUGUAAUUAUUGAGGAGCAAUAUGAUGACAGCCAAGAUGAAAGUGAAAAUGAAUCGAGUGAUUUGCAGAAAAUUGUAGUUGGUAGAAGUAUGAACAAGAUAAAUUUCAGUCCUUCAGAUAACGCUGCUCGUUGUAGUGGAACACAGACGGUUGAGAAGGGUGCUACUAGAAUGCAAACUUCGAAACAAGGAAAACAUUGCAGUCUUGUAAAUGAUUCAAGAAAUCCAGAUCGGUUUCUUCAAAAAACAGGCAAGAGGAAGGAGUGCAUAUUCACAAUUGAUCCAGCCACUGCUAGAGAUUUGGAUGAUGCGCUGUCUUGUCGCAAACUUCCAGAUGGAAACUUUGAAGUUGGAGUGCAUAUUGCAGAUGUGAGUUACUUUGUUCACGAAGGGACUGCUCUUGAUACGAUGGCCAGUAAGAGGGCAACCAGCGUCUACUUGGUUCAGAAGGUUAUCCCAAUGCUUCCUAGGCUUCUCUGUGAAGAGCUCUGCAGCUUGAAUCCAAUGCAGGACAAGCUAGCCUUUUCUGUCGUUUGGAAGUUGACACCUCAAGGAAAGAUCCUCAGUCAGUGGUAUGGUCGAACUAUUAUUCGCUCUUGUGUAAAAUUGAGUUAUAAUCAUGCACAAAGUAUAAUUGAGGAUCCAGAAAAAAUAUUCGCCCCUGAUGAAUUGCCACCUGUUUCACCUGAGCAUUGUGUUACGGACAUAAAAACUGCUGUAAUAAAUCUUCAUAACAUCGCUAAACACCUUCGUAGGCAAAGGUUUGAUGACGGUGCUUUACGAUUGGACCAGUCGAAGAUCGCUUUCACCUUGGAUAUAGAGACAGGAAUGCCUCAAGGAUGUUACAUCUAUCAAUAUAAGGACAGCAAUAAGUAA